CUUGGGAGUUUCUUUUUCUUUUUCUUUUCUCUCUAAGCGUGCUUUGCUAUCAGUACAUAGGGAUAACCAAGAUUUAGGUUAAUGGUUAACAGACCAGUGAUAACCACAUAGAAACUCUGACUUCCUCCUGCUGUGGUCAGGACAGAAAACUGCCUUCACUCACAGAAGAGGCAGGAGCUGAAAGGAGUGCAGUUCACAGCGCAGAGGGCUGGAGUAUGGCAGCUUUGCUACAGAUUGGUAAGAGCUAAGACACUUUCUCUCCCACUCAGAUUACUGACUCAGCUGCUGUUGCUUACAAAACCCACAGGUGUGUCUAGUUGAGACACUUUCAUAGUACCUGAUUGUUCUGACCUGUGUGUCUUGGUGAAGAGGGCAAAGCAAGAAAGGAUCUAUUUUCUGUCAUUUUGGACAUCAGGGAGGCUCUUCUUCCCUCUUCAUCGUUCCAGGGGCUGCUCAUGGAAGGACAGACAUCCUCUUCAGACUGUUUUCAUCGCAUUAACCACACUCAUAUCCCAGAGUUUGAGGUGUCUCAUUGGAUCAAGAUCACUAUGGCCUCUCUUGACAUCUGCAUCUUUGUAGCAGGCAUCUUGGGCAACAGCAUCACCAUCAAGGCCACCAAGAUCCUGCAGAAGAAAGGCUACUUGCAGAAGGAGGUCACGAAUCACAUGGUGAGUUUGGCCUGUUCAGACCUGCUGGUCAUCCUGCUUGGCAUGCCUGUGGAGUUCUUCAGCGCCAUCUGGAGACCUUUUGGCACCCCAAAUGGCAACGUGGCUUGCAAGCUCUACUGUUUCCUUUUUGAAGCCUGCAGUUAUGCCACCGUGCUGCAUGUGGCCACCCUCAGCUUUGAGAGGUACGUGGCUAUCUGCCACCCCUUCAAGUUCAAGGCACUCUCCGGACCCCGCACAGUGAAGCUGCUCAUCGCCUUUGUCUGGGUGACAUCUGUCAUCGUGGCUCUGCCCCUGCUCUUCGCCAUGGGCACAGAAUAUCCCCUGGAAAUCAUCGAGGGCUACGAAAGUACAAUGGGCUGCAUGAAGCCAACUCCCAGGCACCAGUUACCCGCUACAGACAACAUGACCAUCUGUACCAGCCUCUCCUCCAAGUGGCCUGUUUUUCAGGCCAGCAUCUUCACUGCUUUUGCUGUGUACAUCAUAGUGCUGGGGUGUGUCACCUUCAUGUGCCACAGCAUGAUGAAGGCCCUGAAGAUCCACAAGAAAGGAACUGUGGCGGUGAAAGGUGACCUAGGACACCAGGAGCAGUACCUAAGGAAAAGUGAGAGCUCGGAGGGCAAGAGCUCCAGGAGACAGAUCACUCUAUUCCUGGGGCUGAUUGUUGCAACUCUGGCAAUAUGCUGGAUGCCAAACCAGGUUAGAAGGAUCAUGGCUGCUGCAAAACCAAAGCAGGACUGGACUGUCCCCUACUUCAGAGCAUACAUCACUCUUCUUCCCAUAGCUGACAGCUUCUUCUUCCUCAGCUCCGUGGUGAACCCCCUGCUGUACAACAUCUCCUCUCAGCAGUUCCGCAGCGUGUUUCUGCAGGUCCUCCGCUGCCACCUGACCAUACAGCACGCCAACAAAGAGAAGUUCCUCAGAGCCAACCUGAACUCGACAGCCAGGAGCAGACGGUCCCUGCGCCCGCUCUUCUUUUCCUCUGUGCGCAAUUCUUCCACCAAGAGCAGCAAGAAAGUUUUUUUAAGUACUUUUCAGACUGAGACCAACUGCAGUCCACAGAAACCAGGUCUUGCAUCACUGGAGCCCAGCUUGGAAGUAGUGCCACUGAAGACGAGCUCAGAGCCCACUCCAGACACACAAACCAGCCUUUGUGAAAAUGAAGUAUGACUUCAUAUAUAAGGCAAAGUUAACGAUCAGCGA